UUUCUUUCAAAAAACAUGUUUGCAGCAGAGAAAGGGGAAAAAAAUAAAAAAAAGGUGAAAACAAAAGAUAAAAGCCCUCUGCUAGAGUUUCCAAAUGCCGCCGCCGACGUUCAGCCCUAUGCCUUCACCAAAAGCUCCGAUUGCGACGGAGAUGGCGGAGGCACGGCGGCUUCGACGAAAGACUCUUUGAGUCCACGAUUGCAGGAGUUCGUGGAGUGCACGGCGUGGGGAAAAAGGGUGGUUCCGCAACAUGCGCUGAUCGGAUCUGCUAGAGGCUGCUGGAGACCUUGCUGGAGCGGCGCAAGGAAAACUGCUAGGGUUUUCCAUUUUUGGGGCUGAUUUGGGUCAGGAAAUGGGCCUAUAAUUUGGUUAUUGGGUCAGGGUGUUAUUGGGUUUGUUUAUUGGUUUGGGCCCGGGCAUAUUUGGGCUUGUACAGUAUUAUUUAACAAUUGAUAUUAUAACUAAAAAAAUGAUUGUGCU